AUGUCGAAGGGAAGACCAAGAAAACUGAACCAAAUGGACCAGUUCCACAGAGCAAUGACGAAAGGAUCUGCUGAUUUUUCAAGAAAAGAGCAAAGUGAAGAAUAUCAAAUAGUACACCCAAAUGCACCAGAGUUUCAUCUUACUGUCCCAAAAAGUAAUAAUCUGCCUCCUCCAAAGAUCCCUGUUGAUAUGCCAUUUCCAAAAUAAGUCACGAACAAAGAAGCAAAAGGAGACUAAUUAUAACCCUUAUCAAGACUAUUUCACUGCAUGAAAGUCUCGUAAUACUCUUACCAGAGGUUCCAAGACAAGGCCAAAUUUCAACGAUAAAUAUGCAACAGGGCUCAAAUAUUCGAGCUUGUUCUCAGAAAACCUGAUGCACUCACUAGAUAUGACUUAUUCCAUCCAGGAUUCUGAUUUCUCCCUGACCAGAGACCUUUGCAUAAACAGCUCAGACGAGGUCAUAUUUGAAUGCAAAUCAAAAAUGAUGGAAAGCCUUAAGAAGAAAGCUAGAGAAAUUAAAAGAGACAGUAAAAGGAAGAAGAAUAAGUAUGCCAGAGAUAUCGCCACUAAUAGUAAAUCUAAAAAGACCAUCUCAGUUGUGGAAUUCAUGAGGAACUUAAAUAAAAACCAAAUCCAUCAUUACUGCUAUAUGUUGUCAAAGAAUGGGGAUUUUCUGAAAAAGUCAUCUUCGGUUAACCUGGUCAGAAAGCAAGCAGUCUUAUGCUGUUGAGCCCUCUAGGAAACUUGAAUUACUGAUGAAAAAUACCAAAUUGUCCCACAAGGGUACUAAUAUCUAGCAUAAAUAACACUUUUGGAUCAAAGAAUCAUAAAUCAAUUUCUCUAAAAAGGAAAACAACCACUCUAAGCUCAACAGUGAAGAAAGGAGACAGAGCGAACAUGAGGCCAACUCUGUACCAUCCAUCAGAGAUGAUCCUUGAAAGUAGCGACUCAGACAACAGUCUUUCUAGUUCCUUCAAAGAUAGCAGUGAAGAAGAGGCGGUUGACAAGGAGAGUGUUGAAGAUAGGAAAAUAUUAGAUAAACUCAUUAAGUCACAAAACUCCAAGCUGAAGAAUCAGUUCAAACUUAUCAAAAGAGAAGCAAAAGAUCUUGAAGAUAUCAGAUUACUCAGGAGCAGUUUCUUGAAGGAGAAAGAAAAUCUUGAGAUAAGCAUGAAGAAAAAUUAUCAAAGACAGAAAGUGAUAAACAGCAUUCUAGAGACAUGUAAGCCAUAUUUUGUAGAGCCAAGAUAUCUCAGAAUCAGGAGAAAGUUAGCAAGAAUGGGUAUUUCUUCAACUCCAGAGCCUUAGAAAUCAAUAAUUUCC